AUGACAGCUACAAAGACAACACCCUCUGAACGUCAAGUCAAUGUUCUGUUUGUCUGUCUUGGGAACAUCUGCCGGUCUCCCAUGGCCGAGGGAGUCUUUCGGAACAUGGCUGCCUCCCACCCUCUAAUCAACGAGAUCGAUUCCGCCGGCACCGGUGCUUAUCAUACUCACGAACCUCCUGACUCUCGCACCAUGUCUACUCUCCGCCAACACGGUAUUAAGAACUACAACCACGCCGCCAGAAAGGUCACCAAGGAGGACUUCUUGACGUUCGACUAUCUCAUGGCUAUGGAUAAGCACAACUUGCGCGACCUCCUGGACGUGCGCGAAUCUGUCACUGCUUCCUUGAGCAAAUCAAAGAAGACUGCCAAGGUUGCGGAGGUACGGUUAUUUGGGGACUUUGGAGCCGGUGGAGCGUUGCAUGAACGUGUUGGGGGUGGCGAGGUGGUGCAGGACCCUUAUUAUGGGGGUGUCAAUGGGUUCGAGGAGGUUUACCAGCAGGUUGUUCGGUUUUCGAAGGGCUUUUUGGAUUACCUAGAGAAGAACCAGGGUGAUGAGGCGGAUAACUGA